AUGGCCGUCUUGAGCCUCACGAAGAGAGGCCGGAAGACAGCAAAGGAUACAGCCCAGACCCAGGCAGAGACGCAGAACGAGCAGCCACCACGAACGAAGUAUUGGCAUGUUCCGACCCACGCGGCAACUGAUGCCCUCCUCGGCGCCCCUUCUGGCUGGAACCGGGAAGAUGCGUCCAAGAUCCGCGAGCACAAUCGGAGACGCAGUGCCAUCAACCUGGCCGCCCAAGGAAAUGCAACCGGGUCACGCCAAAACAUGCUGAGCCCUCUGCAUGUAGACAUAGCCCACAGCUACAGUACCAGAAGCUUGGACGGAGCCGGCGUUGGAAGCAGCAACGGUGCCAGCAGUCCCAGCAGCGCCAGCAGCAGCAGAGGUCCCGGCCAGUGGUCACGAUCCAACAGCGGCCUCUCCAAGGUGUCAUUUCCAGCCGGGCCAGCAAACCCGGUGGUGCACAUGUCGCAGAGCUACAAGAGCAUGGACGCUGCACUGCACAAGGACGGCUUGCUCACGCCGGCGUCGGCAUCCCGACCCGGAUCAGUUCUCCGAGCGUCUGCCUCAGGGAGACAAGUCGACUACGAUCCCAAAAGUCGGAUACCGACUGUGCCGUCAUUGGGGUCGCUGGCAGCGUCUGCAUCACUUUCGUCUGGCGCACAGGAACGCAAAGACUUGUUUUUGUACGGCAACUCCGAUGUUUUUGAGAUGAAGACUAUACAAAAACAACCAGACCAUCACGCCAGUGCCGUGCUGUCAAGUGACGGCCCGUCGUCGCUGUCGCUGACGUUCCCUGCACAGCAGGACCGGUCUACCCUUCCGUGCUCCCAAUCACCCGCACCACGUUCGCGGUUUGGCAGAAUCGUUCGCAGUGGUGCCGCUGCUGUCGCUGUCUAG